AUGGUAACUACGAGGUCGCGGUCGAAAAACAAUCGCUCAGUCAACAACGAUCGCUCCAAAGAAAGGUUUUCAGCUCUUUCUCAUGCAAAUUUUCAAGAAAACAGUUUUCAGAUACGCGUACCGGCCACGUUCCACCUUCGAAGAGUCGGAUGCGCUCGUCGGCUACAGAACUAUCGAUCACUACCUCCAAUACGACUGUCUUUUGACACGGGAGGAACUUCAGCGAUUGGACGAGCAUGUCUACUCGGCCGUCGACACUUCUUGGCUGGAUGAGCUGUGCAUGAAGAAAUUCUGGGAAGCCGUCGUUCAGUUUUAUCCUCUGUGGGUGGCUCCGAACCUUCUCACACUGAUCGGUACUUGUCCUUCAUAAUUUUCUCAUUACUCUUCUGCCUCUUCCAGGUCUAAUUGUAAAUUUAACCACCGUUCUGGUGCUCUCCUUCUACUGUCCAACAGCCACGGAAACCGCGCCGGCAUGGGCCUAUUUCCUCGCAGCUUUCGGCCUUUUCGUCUACCAGACACUGGACGCCACCGACGGAAAACAGGCACGCAGGAUCGGAGCUUCCAGCCCUCUCGGCGAACUUUUCGACCACGGAUGCGACUCGGCAUCGCAGGUGAGCGGAAACGCUUUAAAAUGUUAAAAUUAGAAACGGUUUUAUUCAGGUGUUUGUGACUUUGAAUGUGUGCUACGCAUUGCAAUUGGGAACUGUCCGGUGUGGUGUAUUCAUCGCGUGCCUCAUUUCCGUUUCCCUCUUCUACACGGCCCACUGGAGCACUUAUUGCACUGGACAGCUGAGGUAUGAUUUAACAUAAAAUACGUCUGAAAUCCGUACUUUAAAUCGUUUCCAGAUUCUCUCGUUUCGAUGUGACGGAGGCUCAGUGGUCGAUCAUCACAAUGCUUUUGUUCACCGCGGUCUUCGGCCCAAGCCUCUGGAGCAUCGGAGUGCUCGGCUACUCUCUCAAGCACGUUCUUCUCGCCGGCGUCGCUCUCGGAACUGUCUAUCAAGCUCUCGGUUACUUGUCUGUCAUUUUCUCGGAUGGCGUUGGCAAGAACGGAUCGACAGUGGCCGGAACUUCCGUUCUCUUCCCAGCCUGCCCGCUCCUCGCAGUUAUCGUUCCCUACUGCAUGAUCUACAGCAAAUCGGCCUCUUCUGUUUACGACGACCUUAUCGUUCUGUUCGUCCUUCAAUUCGGAGCGGUCGCCGCGAAAGCGACAAAUCGAUUGAUUGUGGCUCACAUGAGCCGAAGCGAGCUGGUUCUUUGGGACUGGAUCUAUGUGGGACCAAUUGCGUUGAUGAUUAACCAGUACUACGACAUCAAGAUCGACGAGCGACGUCUUCUGAAGUACACGACGGUGUACGUCUAUGCCUCUCUGCUCAUCUAUUGUCUGUUUAUCACCCGACAAAUAUGCGAUCACAUGGGCAUUUUCUGUUUCAAAGUGACACCGCAAAAGCCUGCAAGCAGCAAGUGA